UUUUUCAUAAAUAUUUCAACAGGCUAUGGUGACACUGUGACAUACGUCAGUGGUUAUAACAGCAGAGUACAGAUAGCAGAUUACAUUCAGAUAGUGAGUGGUUGAAAAACAGGCUGUUGUACAUGUCAGGAGCUACAUAUACAUUAAAUGGUUACGUAACGACAUUGAAACGACCAUCACUCAGUAAGCACUUCUUAACACGAAACAUCCCCAACAGAACAACGCGGUCGCCCGUUCUAUCCAUAAAAGGGAUGAAUUUCAAUUUGCGCCGUGAAAGCCCAAGAUAAAUACUUCAUCUCUGAGCCACAAUAAUAGCGACUAUUUCAGGCGGAGCUGCGACUCGUCACAAAGCGCUUCUCCGCUGAACACUCCCUGCUACUGAGCGACCAACUGCGGCCAUCAAAAGCGAGCCUCGUCGCCCCCCAUCUUCCUCCCGCCAGGAAACAGCUUUCUCUCCAUCCGCAUCUAUCGUCAUCGAAACGGAGGGAAGAGGAGAGCGGGAAGGGUAGCGGCACAACCCGAGCGAGGGGCGACAGAAACGGCCAGGGGGCCCAAAUAUAAAGCAGUUCACCCUGGGGAGGAAAUCGAGAUUUGUCCUGUCCUAAUCCAACACUACCACCACUUACCGUCACGACUACUAUAAAGCUCCUCCACUGGGGUCUUCUCCUCAGUGUCGUAGCUCUGUUCCGUCACUUCAUUCCCUCAUCAAUCUCCUCUCCAAAUCUCCAUAACGCAGCAAAUUCUUCCUUACUGCUAACCUCUUUGUAAGCUGCUGAGGCCAUGGCGGUGCCUUCAGCUCAUGAGUUUCACUGGCAGAGACUAGCACGACUGCCCAGUGGCCGUGUUUACCAUACUCUAUCAGAGGUGGGAGGGCAGAUGUACAUGCUGGGGGGCUGUGAUGCUGCAGGGAGGCCAUGCCCCACCGUGGAACUGUACUCCCCAGAGGUGGACCGAUGGAUAUGCCUGCCCUCUAUGCCCACCCCACGAGCUGGAGCUGCUGUGACAGUCCUUGGAAAACAGAUCCUAGUGGUGGGAGGAGUGGGAGAAGACCAGAGACCAUUAAAGGUGGUAGAAAUGUAUAACACUGAGGAAGGGAGGUGGAGGAAGAGGAGUGCCAUGCGGGAAGCCCUGAUGGGUGUGUCCAUCACUGUAAAAGAUGGCCGUGCUCUUGCUGUGGGUGGAAUGGGUGCUGACUUGCUCCCUCGUAACAUCCUUCAACAGUAUGACUUUCGUAAGGAUGUGUGGGCUCUACUUCCUCCCAUGCCAACCCCACGCUAUGAUGCCAACACUCAUUUAUUUGACAACAAACUCUAUGUAGCAGGUGGUCGCCAGUGUAAGAGGCCUGUGAAGGCCUUUGAGAUGUAUGACACAGACACACGCGCAUGGACAACGCUUCCAAUGCUGUCAUGUAAGCGCUCAUAUGCAGGUGUGAUAUGGGACAAUGCUGGGAAGCUGUGUUUGCUGGGAGGUCUGCGCCAGGGAGGAGGGCAUCAGACCUCAAAGUUUGCCAAGAACGUCAACAUUUUUGACUGCAACCAAGGUACGUGGCUGAAGUCAGACGAGACAGUAUCCUUGAAGACAAAGAGAGCUGACUUUGUCGCCACUUUGCUGCGUGGCCGCAUGGUGGUAGCAGGUGGACUUGGUCAUGAGCCCUCUGCACUGGACACAGUGGAGGCUUUUCAUCCUUUGAAGAAAAAGUGGGAGCGAUUGGCUUCCAUGACGUUCCCCCGAUGCUCGGCCUCCUUCAUCAUCAUCAAAGAUCGCCUUUUAGUGGUUGGUGGAGUCAACCAGGUGCCCAGCUCAGCCCAUGAGAUUCUGUAUGUAAAAGAAGAGGAGUAUCUGUAGUCUCAUCCAAGAUGAAUGACGCACAUCAGCAGGAAUACCCUUUUUAGUCACAAUGUGCUGGAAUGGGAACCGUCUUCUUUUCAUGCAGCUUAUGAGACAACACUGCCCCCGGUUGGGCGUUAAUAAUACUGCAAUGCUCGUUGAGUGCACGUCGACAGUAAUGCAGAUGUCGCCUUUAUAUACAAAUUUAGCUUUCUGAGGAAGUCUUAGUAUCUAAUGGUUCUACAUUGUACGUUGUAGUGCACACGUUUUGUUGCUUAUUCCUAGUAAUGUGGGGAAUUGACAAUUUAUUACACCGCCACCAGGGCACGUUUCAUGCCAGCUCCCUUAAAUUGACUGCAUUUUUUUAGGCUUUUGUGAUGGUUAAUACAUCAGUAUGUAGAAGCUCUUUAAUGAAACCAAUAAUAAUUAUUACUAUUGUUAUUAUUAUUCAUUCUUUCAUUCAUUCAUUCAUCUUCACUUAUCCUCACGAGGGUCGCGGGUGUGCUGGAGCCUAUCCCAGCUGACUCUGGGUGAGAGGCAGGGUACACCCUGAACUGGUCACCAGCCAAUUGCAAGGCACAUAUAAACAAACAGCCGGGGUGUACCCCGCCUUCUGCCCGAAGAUAGCUGGGAUAGGCUCCAGCAGCCCACGACCCUAGUGAGGAUAAGGGAAACAAAAUUGAUGGAUGGAUAUAAACAAACAAUCAUUCGCACUCACAUUCAUUCACACCUAUGGGCAAUUUAGAGUAUUUGAUUAACCUACAAUACAUGUUUUUGGGAUGUGGGAGGAAACCAGAGUACCCGGAGAAAACCCACGCAGGCACGGGGAGAACAUGCAAACUCCACACAGGGGAGGUAGGAUUUGAACCCGGGUCCUCAGAAUAUUAUUUUUUAAACAAGAGAUUUGACUAUCAAUGGACAGCAAUAAUAAUAAUAAUAAUAAUAAUAAUAAUAAGGCUCCUAUUUUCCUGUGUCCAUCCAUCCAUUUUCCAUAAUUUAUCCUUACAAGGGUCGCGGGCGUGCUGGAGCCUAUCCCAGCCAUCUUCGGGCGAGAGGCAGGGUACACCCUAAACUGAUCACCAGCCAAUCGCAGGGCACAUAUAAACAAACAACCAUUCACGUGCACACAUUCACACUUAAGGGCAAUUUAAAGUCCUCAAUCAACCUACCUUGCAUGUUUUUGGGAUGUGGGAGGAAACCGGAGUACCCGGAGAAAACCCAUGCAGGCACGGGGAGAACAUGCACACUCCACACAGGCAGGGCCGGGAUUUGAACCCAAGUCAUCAGAACUGUGAGGCAGAUGUGCUAACCAGUCGUCCACCGUGCCUAUUAUUAUCAUUAUUAUCCAUCCAUCCAUUUUCUGAGCCGCUUCUCCUCACUAGGAUCGCGGGCGUGCUGGAGCCUAUCCCAGCUGUCAUUGGGCAGGAGGCGGGGUACACCCUGAACUGGUUGCCAGCCAAUCGCAGGGCACAUACAAACAAACAACCAUUCGCACUCACAUUCACACCUACGGGCAAUUUAUUAUUAUUGUUAUUAUUAUUAUUAUUAUUAUCAGCAUCAGCCUUUCAUUUUCUAUGGCACAUACCCUAAUUAGGGUCUCGGGUGAGCUGGAGGGAGCCUAUUCCUGCUGAAUUUUGAGGAGAGGCAGGGUACAAUCUGGACAAGUAGGCAGGGCACAUGUGGAUAUGCAGGCAUCACUGAUGGUGUAGUGGUACACUCGCCUGACUUUGAUGUGGGCAGUGUGGGUUCAGUUCCCACUCAGUGACGGUGUGACUGUGAGUGUGAAUGGUUGUCCGUGUCUAUAUGUGCUCUGCGACUGGCGACCAGUUCAGGGUGUAGUCUGCCCUUCGUCAGAAGUCAGCUGGGAAAGGCUCCAGCGGCCCGUGACCCUAACUAGGAUAAGCGGUGUUAAAAAUGGAUGGAUGGAUGUGUAUAUGCAAACAACCAUUCACAUUCACACCUUUUACAAUUUAGAGUCUUCAAUGAACCUAACAUGUAUGAUUUUGGAAUGCGUACCUGGAGAAAACACGCGCAAGCAUCAUGUGCAAUUUCCACACAGGAAAAUAGGAGCCUUAUUAUUAUUAUUAUUAUUGCUGUCCAUUGAUAGUCAAAUCUCUUGUUUAAAAAAACACCAGAAAAAUAGUAAAGCACAGUAUCGUUUCUGGCGGCACGGUGGCCGACUGGUUAGAGCGUCAGCCUCACAGUUCUGAGGACCCGGGUUCAGUCCCCGGCCCCGUCUGUGUGGAGUUUGCAUGUUCUCCCCGUGUCUGUGUGGGUUUUCUCCGGGCACUCCGGUUUCCUCCCACAUCCCAAAAACAUGCAUUAAUUGGAGACUCUAAAUUGCCCGUAGGCAUGACUGUGAGUGUGAAUGGUUGUUUGUUCCUAUGUGCCCUGCGAUUGGCUGGCAACCAGUUCAGGGUGUACCCCGCCUCCUGCCCGAUGACAGCUGGGAUAGGCUCCAGCACGCCCGCGACCCUAGUGAGGAGAAGCGGCUCAGAAAAUGGAUGGAGUAUCGUUUUUUGAUAAGAUUUAAAAUUAUAGUUACUGUCUUGCAUUUGUGAAUAGAAGGAAAUAGUCUUCCUGGUUGAAUGUUAUUCCUGAUUAAUGUGUGACUUCUCAAAGAAAUAAUUAAAUUUGGGUGACUAUGAAAUUGGUCAAAUGUUGAGAGCUCACUGAAAAUACUCGAUGGAGAGUCCAUAUAAAGUUCUUCCUGCUUGAUGGUCUCUGAGGCAAAUAGGUGGUGGUGGUGUAAUUAAUUUGUUAAGCACCAUAUUUGAAGAUGUUUUCUAGUGUUCUGGUUUAUAUGCAGUAUGUAAUUUGUACAAAAUCCACAUUUUUAAGGUUGGAUAGUAUGACUGCCAUAUUACAAUACUUAAAAUGUUCUCUGAAUUUGCAUUUGCACUACAGAUAAAAUUUUCAUCAGUAUUUCUACUAGAUGUAUGGAGAUACAAAAAAUGCUGUGAUUGCCACACCCCUCUGUGUUGCAGCAGCGCACAUAUGUUUGAAUGUAGGUAUGUUUUAAUAACUUGCGUUUCGAUACCAGGCAAUAGGUAAGGGCAUAUACUACAAUAAAUUGAUUCAGUUACAAUUGUCUUUUUCUUUCUUUUCUUUUUCUGGUGGCACAACAUUUUACCGAAGUUUCUCGUCUCUAAUACGCUCUCCAGUAUAAUAUGUAACUCCAAAAUUGACUCCAGAAUUCAGGAAAACACCAUGUACCUACAUAUGUAUUUCUACUAGAUCAAAUGUCAAACUCAUUUUUGUCUCACGCCGCAUCGCAAUUAUGAUUUCCAUCAGAGGGCCAUUAGAACAGUGAAACCAUAUAAAUUUUAAUCACCAAAUCAUAUUAUUACACAACAAAUUGAGGGAUAACUAGUUUUGAAAUCAGAAGACAAGGAUAAUAGAUUGUUCAAGUAUUGUUUAAGUUACUGUAGAAUAAGGGUU